GCAAUGGAGAAAUCCACUGCAGUAUUAAUCCAAGGAGGUGCUUUGGGGACAGUUGGCAGUACAAUGGCUUCUCAGUACCUCAUAGUGGCUCUGGCCGUUUUCUCCUCUUUUACCCAGGUUGUAAUAGAAGCCAGCUCUUGGUGGUCUUUAGGGAUGAACCCUAUGAACCCCAUGAACCCUGUUCAGAUGUCAGAGGUAUAUAUAAUAGGAGCCCAGCCACUAUGUAGCCAGCUAGCAGGGCUUUCCCAAGGACAGAAGAAACUCUGCCAAUUGUAUCAGGACCAUAUGCAGUUCAUUGGCGAGGGUGCAAAGACGGGCAUUAAGGAAUGCCAGUAUCAGUUCAGACAUAGAAGAUGGAAUUGCAGCACUGUGGACAACAACUCUGUUUUUGGCAGAGUCAUGCAGAUAGGCAGCCGGGAGACGGCGUUCACCUACGCGGUGAGCGCAGCUGGGGUGGUCAACGCCAUGAGCCGUGCCUGCCGGGAGGGCGAGCUCUCCUCCUGCGGCUGCAGCCGAGCAGCGCGGCCCAAGGACUUACCCCGGGACUGGCUUUGGGGUGGCUGCGGGGAUAACAUCGAAUAUGGAUACCGCUUCGCCAAGGAGUUCGUUGAUGCCCGUGAGCGUGAGAGAGUUUACCAGAGAGGCUCCUACGAGAGCGCCCGCAUCAUGAUGAACCUGCACAACAACGAGGCCGGGAGAAGAACUGUGUACAACCUGGCUGACGUGGCCUGUAAGUGCCACGGUGUCUCUGGUUCCUGUAGCCUGAAGACCUGUUGGCUGCAGCUUGCCGAUUUCCGCAAGGUAGGCGAUGCCCUGAAGGAGAAAUACGAUAGCGCUGCUGCCAUGAAACUCAACAGCCGGGGCAAGCUGGUGCAAGUGAACAGCCGCUUCAACGCACCCACCAUCCACGACUUGGUCUACAUCGAUCCCAGCCCUGACUACUGUGUGCGCAACGAGAGCACCGGGUCCCUGGGCACCCAGGGCCGCCUUUGCAAUAAGACCUCGGAGGGCAUGGAUGGCUGCGAACUCAUGUGCUGUGGCCGGGGGUACGACCAGUUCAAGACAGUGCAGCGAGAGCGUUGCCACUGCAAGUUCCACUGGUGCUGCUACGUGAAAUGCAAGUUGUGCACAGAGAUCGUGGACCAAUUUGUGUGCAAAUAG